UGCAGGUUUUUCGAAUACAAAGUCACUCCCAUCUGUUGCAACUGCAACUACUGCUCAUUGUGCACUACUUCAUCUGUUGGUGUAGUUACAUCUCCUCCACCAGCAUCUACUAAUGAUGCAGCAAGGACUAAACCAUUUGUAACUACAUGUGGUAGUAUGCUUCCUCCUACCUCAACACCUAUUGAUAAACAAAUUGGAGAGUCUAUGAACACUUUUGUUACAAAUUCUGCUUUUGUAUCAACUUCAUCUGUCAGUGUGACACCUGCUACUCAUUUUCAAUUACAUCAGCCAAAGUGCAGACUAAUCCAGCUACUGAUGAGCCUCUUUUGGAUGCAACUUCAUCUGUUAGUGUGACACCUACUGGCUCGUCUGAUCCAACCGUAUCAAACCCUGAUGGUUUAAGUCCGAACGAUUCCAGAUUUGACUAUACUUGGAUACUGAUCCUUCUCUCGGCAAUUAUAACAGCAUUAAUUCUGUUUUGCAUCAUAGUCUUCUGUGUUUGCGUCUGUCGGAGGCGAUUUUGUACUAAGUCAAAGAAGAUGUCCCUCAAGAGGCUGAGUCUGUCUUUUGGUUUUGAAAGCUUCCACGGGUUCACUCCCUCUUCUCUCCCCAUUAACCCCAUUUACGUCUCCCACAACGGCGAGGCUAUUGAGCACGCUCUCUCCACAGAGACAACAAUGAUCGAGCCACCGAUGGCACCUAUUGAAGAGAAGACUGGGGAUCAGGACAUAUAUUUGCUCGACAUUGAGGGAAGUGACGACUCCCCUGCACUGAAGAAAAAUGCCUUCUUUGAUCCAAUCUUGGCAGAAAUGUUUGGAGAUUACGUCACCCGAUGUCACUCCAGUGACAAUAGGGACUUCAAACAUCAGUUUACAGUGAUGCAAGACUGUGGUGCAGGCUUUUCCACAAUUGCUGGAUCUAACACAAGUCUGCAAAAGCUCAACAGAUUUGCCAAUAUCAUGCCGUAUGAAAAUAACAGGGUCUUCCUCAUGGCAGUUGAAAGACACACUGAGUACAAAGGAGACUACAUUAAUGCCAGUUACAUUGAUGGAUACAAUUUUGAGCACAAGUUCAUAGCAACACAAGGACCACUGCCUAACACAACUGUUGACUUCUGGAGGAUGGUGUGGCAGGAGAGGUCUCGGAACAUUGUGAUGGUCACCAAUCUGGUGGAGGGAAAUAGGAUCAAGUGUCACAAGUACUGGCCAGAGACUGGGACCCUGUCCUUUGGCCCCUUCAAUGUCACCAUCACAGGACAACAGAUACUGGCUGACUACACCACUCGGGAAUUUAGUGUUCAGCUGACGGAGAGUUCAGAACCAGCUCUGAGUGUGACUCAGUUCCACUUCACAGCCUGGCCUGACCAUGGAGUGCCUGACUAUGCGACUUCACUUCUGGCCUUCCACAAGAAAGUGAAGAAACAUCAUAAGCCAUUCAUGGGACCAAUUACUGUCCAUUGCAGUGCUGGUGUGGGGAGGACAGGGACUCUGAUAACUAUUGACUGUGUUCUUGAGCAGCUGCAAGAGGAGAAGGUGGUGGAUAUAGCUGGUGUCAUCAUCCACCUCCGCACACAGAGAAUGAAAAUGGUCCAGAGCUUGGAACAAUAUAUCUUCAUCCAUGAUGCUAUCCUUGAGGUCCUGAUGUGCGGUGAUACCCAAAUUGAUGCUGCCUGUAACCUCCGCAGAGUUACUCAGAGAAUGAGUGAAUGUGACCCACAAACCAAUCUCAAUGAGUUUGAAAAGCAGUUUAAGGUACUUGAGAAGGUUUCUGUAAAGCCAGAAGAGAUUACAAGGAAUGAGGCUCUUCGUAAUCCCACCAAGAAUCGGAGUGACUACUACCUCCCUGGUGAUGCCUGGCGUGUGACACUAAGAGGAGAUCUCCAGACUUAUAUCCAUGCCGUUUUUGUUAAUGGGUACAAGCAACAGAGAGCAUUCAUCAUGGCUCAAAGUCCCAUGGAGUCCACAGCCAGAGAUUUCUGGAAGAUGGUCCACGACAGGAAGUGUGGAGUCAUUGUUAUGCUCUGUGACUUGGUGGAAAAUGGGCAGGAGACGUGUUACCAGUAUUGGCCUCAGACUGGACUGAUUCAGUUUGUAGGCUACAAGGUUGAUCUGAUGGAGGAAAAUGUCAUGGAGGGAUUCAUCAUGCGCAAAUUAAGCGUCUAUAGUGAGAAGGUAUUGAGGCAAGCCGUGCCCACCAGGUAGUUCAGUUGCACAUGACUAACUGGAGCCCUGAUGGCAGCUGCUCUCACCUGGCCACCAUCACCAGUGUGAUAAAUGAGAUGUCUGCAAUCCAGAGGAGAACUGGCAACCAUCCUGUUGUAGUACACUGCAGUGACACAGUGGGUAGGUCGGGGAUGUUCUGUGCCAUAGUCACCACCAUUGAGAGGUGUAAGACAGAGGGAGUGGUGGAUGUGUUCCAGGUGGUCAAGGCUCUCAGGAUACAGAAACCUGGAGCUGUCCUCACUGUGACCCAGUAUCACUUGUUGUUUGAAGCGAUUUUGGCCUAUUUGGAUUCAUUUGAUGCUUACUGUAAUUUUCUAGACCUCUAAUCUCUUUCUCAGAUAUUACACACCCAGUAAUGAACACUAUUAUCACCUUUUGUACAGUGACUCCAGUGUACACUAUGUUCACUAGGGUGUUUCUGUGUGAAAUUUGUGAAUUGUGAUUAGCUGCAGGCGCCUGAAGUGGAACAUAGGAAAUUUAGCGAGCUACGUUUGGGUUAGCGUUUUCAGUAUCGUGUUCGUGCGUAUUUCGCACGAAUAGCGUAAUGUACACGACGGCCGGACGGAGGGA